UCUCCUUUGUUUACUGAUGACCUUUUAACUAUGGUGCGCACUUCUGGGCAUAGAGCGGGCCAAUGUCGAAGGAAUGUGUUUUGUAUAUGUCGGUUCUAAUUCUUUCGGCCAUUUUGUGAGCUUGGAUUUGGUAAUACCCCAUUGGUUGUUUUUGGUUUAUUACAAUAUUUUGUCACGCGCGGGAAGAGCAUUAUUACUAUUAUUAUUACACCUUAAUAAUACCUUAAUAUUCUCUUGACUUGGAAUCAUGUACCGUCCACAUAUCCACUCAGAGCAUCACGUAUCCUCGGAUGAUUUUGCCCGAACCGAUCCAUGAGAAGCGCCGUCUCGACCGUUGCAUCAUAUUUGAAGGAGAGCAGACUGGGAACAAAUCAGAAGGGGGAAGUUGUCCGGUUCCCGCGACACACAGCUUAUCCAUCAUCCAGGUGGCUGGCUGUCAUCAGCCCAUUCUUCGCCAGUCAACGGCCAUGGGCUCACGCGGUUGCGCGCAAGGGGCGGCGCACAAGUUACGAGGAGGCGAAGAAGACGAACGAGGCAGACAGAACAGACACGGACGAGUCAAAGCAAAAUGGGCCGAGCAGUCCAGGGAUUCAACGUCUGGAUCAAGAAACACGCAUCAUGAACCUGGAAAAAAGAAAAACCCACAGAACACAAAACACGACGAAGAAGACGAAGCAAAAGCAAUCCAGGUAGACUUAUGGAACCUCCUCUCAUCCCCUCAGAAUGGAUGCAGUGGGUGGUUCAUGCAUGGCUCGACUACCAAUGGUCGGAUGUUGACACCCGCUUCCUUUACCUACCAGUCUGCAGAGUGGAUGUGGGUGUGUGUGAGUGGGUUGGCCCCAGUCAGGAUGCUCGGGGAGGUAACUUACUGGUAGGAGGCAUCGGCCUCGGCCUUGUAACGGAUGGAGCGAACUGCAGACUUGUCCACCGGUGAUUCACAAGUGGCUGCAGGAGAUCCUAUUUUGUUUUUCACCAG